AUGACCGCGGCCUCAAUCGCCGCCCAUACAAAGAGCGACUUAUCUUCAUUAGACUCUGGAAUAGCUGCCGACCAAGUUUCACACUGGGAAGAUGUGCAGAAGACGGACGAGACGCUGCCGGACGUUCAAAACGCCGCGGUGAUCCAGCCACAUAAGGAAGAGGAGACAGUGUCACUAGUGACAAGUGGCACUAGCCUGAUAUUAGAUGGUGGAAGUAGCGAUUCGGUUGCAUUAAUCACAGACGGUGGAACGAUUCACAGGGACAAGACCGGGACAAGCUUAAGGGCUGUGGUCCACACUGUGAUAGCUGACCCAACCAAUGAGGAGGCAUCUCCAUUAAGUCAUGCAGCUAAUGUGACUGCAUUAGAUUUAGGAUUUAGUGCUCCAAUAAAGAAGGAGUCUUUCCAACAGAAGGAGGUUGCACAAGUGGCGCUGAUUACAAGACCAUCGAGAGCUGCUGCAGUUGCUGCUACAGUUGGAAUGGCUCGUGAAGCCAAGCAGGAAAUUAAUUCAUUGGAAUUGCUCAUUGAAUCGGCCUUUGAACUGGAAAAUAGGGAUGCAGACAUGGAGAUAUAUCAUGUUACAAAGAAGAGGACAAUAGAUGGACACGGUCGAGCACUGAAGAGGUCAGAAGAGGCUGUUACAAAGGUGUUGCAGAAUACAUUGAGGACUGAAAGUGCAGAGCAGAAUUUGACGUAUGGUAAGAAGCAGCGUCAGGCUGCAACGUAUAAAGCUGGUUUCGUCGAACCUUCGCCGAUUAUUACAGACAUCCCGCCACUUCCGUUUACGAGCACAAGUCCGGUGCUGCGUAUCAAAGGAAAGAACAAGCUGAAGAGCAAGCGGUAUGUUAAAACUAAGACUGAGUCGUUGCACUCGCUGAAAGAGAUGAAUGGCUGUGACGAUCGACACUGCGAGUACUGCAAGAAAGCUGCAAAUAUUUGUGUGCUGAUGCAUUGUCAUGCGUGUCGUCGCGUGUAUCAUGCGCAGUGCUUCCUGCAUGCAUUUAAACCCUAUGUAGAUGAAAGUAUGCCGAUUUUUGGCCAGAUAGAGCACUUGCAGCUUAAAGCAUCGGAGCAUCGCGGCAGUAUUUUCCGCUGUGCAUCAUGUAAGGCUGCGUUUUUGGAUUUCUAUGAGAGUGGUGGGUACCUAUGGGAUUGCGAUUGUCCCACCUGCUCGCAGCCAGAGAAAACGGUUUUCUAUCGCCAGAAAAAGUUGGUGCAGAUGAUGAACGGAAUGGAGCUAGAAAAGCAACGCAAAAAGGAGCAAAAAAGUCAAAGGAAAAAUGGGUCCUUUAAUGCUAGUUGGAAGCCACAUGUGUCGACAUCAAGCUGGUCGAACUCGAUAUCACGAAGUCGACGCACACGAGUGAGUGAUGUAAUUGACCGUUAA